CAUUCUCUCUUCCGCCCCCCCGGCGGAAGGGACUUGGAAGGACGUCGACAGAGGUAGGCUUCCAUUGGAACAUUAUCCUCAGCCUCAUCCACAACUCACCUACCGUUGCCCGUUGUAGCUUCCGCCGACAACGGUCGCUUCACGAGAUCCCUCUUCCCUUUCCACCAUCCACCUGCACAAUAUCUCCAGCCCAGUCAGCUCGUAAAUCUCUCCGACCUCGAUUCUUGCCCCCCUACCCUCAAAUCGGCCCUAUCCCUCGAUCAAUCGCAAAAAAAACAAAAAAAAAAACAAAAAAAAACAACACAGACCACCAUGUCGCAUCAUGCUCCUACUUCGCGCCCAAAGCCUCCUCCCCCGGGCAGCGAGGAAGCCUCGACCAUCCUAAAUCUCGGUGAAUUCCAACAUGUAGAUACCCUCACCCUAUCGGAGGCGUCUCUGGUCAUCAAUGCGCUUGUGACGAAGCGGAAGAUGGACCGCAAGAACAUCAACGAAACCGAAAUGUUGACGCAGACUCUCAACUACCUUGAUGCCUUCUCUCGGUUCCGCCAGAAGGAGAAUGUCGAGGCCGUCGAGCGAUUGCUCAGCGCACACAAGCAGCUUGCCAAGUUCGAGCGAGCACAAAUAGGAUCCCUUUGCUGCGAAACCGCGGAGGAAGCAAAGACACUCAUUCCUUCCCUACAAGACAAGAUCAGCGACGAUGACUUGCAAAUACUCCUCGAUGAGAUCAGCAAGCUCCAGAGCCGAUGAUGCGCUCACACUGCUCGAUCCUUAGUCCCUCAAAUUGGCAGUAGCCGAGAGGGACACAUCUACAGCAAACACUCGCGGCGGCACUGGGGAGGCGAACAGGUCUCGUGUUGCCAGCACAUACAGCAAACCGAUGAGAGAAGUGGGAAAUUUUCAAUAUCCGUGGCAGGGCAAAAAGAAGAAGAAAAAUGGAAAGGUCACGAAAACGCUUCUGCACAAGAAGCAUACUGCAUGAUUGGCGUACACAGGAGGGAGGGGAUCAGAAUGUCUUUUUAAGUAUGUGUUGAAUACCAAAAUACCCAUGAAUUCGGCACAAUAAGGCCAUGCACAUGCGUUCUCGCAAACUGGGUCACUCUCACCUAUCUACAGUGGCCAUUAUAGGCGUAACUUAAACAACAGACAGCAUCGACGUCACUUUUUAUUAUUGAUUGGAGUAGAAA